AUGUCUGACUCUGAAAAGGGCGCAGCUGUCAAUCAUCGAGAGGCGAGAGACAUGGCUCCCAAGCAGGGGAUUGAAGUUGACACCGUCCACCAGGAUGAGGCCAUGAAAGUCUUGGAGGCCUAUGGCGGUGAUGAGGCCUGGACCGAUGCGGAGGAGAAGAAGUUGCGUCGCAAGAUUGAUUGGAGUCUUAUGCCUGUUCUAUGUGCAACAUAUGGGCUUCAGUACUACGACAAGGCCAUGCUUUCCCAAGCAGCUUUGUUCGGACUCAGAGAAGAUCUAGGCCUUCUCACCGGUGAUCGCUAUGCCAUGUCAGCCGCUAUUUUCUAUCUCGGCUUCAUCAUCGGAGCGUAUCCAGCAAUGAUGCUCGCUCAAAGAUAUCCCAUCGAACGAGUUGCUUCCGCUAUUGUUACAAUUUGGGGUGUCUGCCUCAUGUUGACUGUGGUGUGCAAAGACUACAAGACACUCUAUACUCAGCGGUUCUUCCUUGGCUUCUUGGAGAGCGGUAUCAGUCCUAUGUUUAUGAUGAUAGUUGGAAGUUUCUAUAAAAAGAAUGAACAAGCAAUGCGCAUGGGUAUCUGGUACUCUUGCACUGGUUACGUCUCCAUCAUCUCCCCUAUCAUCAACUACGGAUUCGGUCAGAUCAACGGAGGAGUAUCCUCUUGGCGAUAUAUGUACUACUUCUCCGGCGCCCUGACCAUCGUUUGGGGAAUAAUUCUCGUCUUCGUUCUCCCUCCUGAUCCUGUCCGUGCCAAGGGCUUCAACGAGAGGGAAAGAUAUAUCCUGGUCGCGAGACUCAAGACCAACAACUCUGGUGUCCGCAACACCCAUCUCAAAAUCGCUCAGAUCCGGGAACUCUUGCUUGAUCCCAAGUUCUGGAUUGUGUUCUCUAUCGCUUUCUUAUCUAUGAUUGCCAAUGCCCCGAUUUCGACCUUCGUUCCUAUCAUCAUCCAUGGUUUUGGCUUCAGCACCCUCAACUCUCUGCUGCUUAUGAUGCCUUGUGGCGCAUAUGCUGGAACACUCCAGCUUCUGUUCCCUUACUUGGCCUACAGAUACAGGAACAACAGGUCCUAUCUGGUUUUUAUUGCUCAGAUGGGCACUGUCCUCGCUGCUUUGUUACUCUGGCUUCUUCCACUCUCAGCCACUGGGGCUCUCCUCUUUGCUGUGUAUAUCCUCCCAUCCGUGGGUGGUGGCUACGCUGUUCUCAUGGGUCUUCAAAUUGCCAACACUGCGGGAUACACCAAGAGAUCGGUCGCAUCGUCUGGUCUCUACAUCGGCUACUGUCUUGGUAACUUCGUUGGUCCCCUUUGCUUCAAGAAAGGAGAUGCACCUCGCUUUGAGCCUGGCUUUAUUGCUGUCGUCGUUACUUCUAUUAUUGCCGGUCUUCUUGCCCUUGUUUACCGUUGCCUAUGCAUGUGGUCCAACAGCAAGCGCGACAGAUCUGGCACCACCGAAGGAUUUGAUCAUGCUUAUGAGGAUGACCUCACUGAUAAGAAGAACAUGCAAUUCCGCUAUAUUCUUUGA